AUGUUUUUGUUCAUAUUAUUGGUUCACACUUUUGCUUAUUAUUGUGACGACGACAAUGGUGUAUUUUCUGAAAGCAGUUUUACUUGUGUAUAUCAUAGUGGAGCAUCAUUCGAUUCAGAAACUUCUCAAAAAACUUUAAUUUUAACAGAUUAUAUUUUUUCAACAGUAGUUUUAAACGAUUUUAAUUAUCACUUGACACUUGGUACAACCACAGUCACUUGUUCAGUCACUCAUUUGACUAUAAAAUCAAAUACAAAUAGUUCGUAUACAUAUACCAUUCUCAACGUAAAGCCUUCACUUAUAAUAGAAUUGGAUAGUAAUCCCACAGUAUCUAUAAGAAGACUAUUUCUAAGUUCAUUAACACUACCAAGUGAAAUUAUUAAUGUUAACUCAAACAAAAUACCACUAUAUUUGUAUUUAAACGUUGUAGGACUCGAACUUCCAGAGACAAACAACUAUCUCUUUUUAAAAGGAUCUUUCCAUUUGAUAACAUCACCUACAAGGCCAUAUGUCGGGUAUUUGUUCUCGUCCAAUUCAAGUGAAAUAACAACACAAAAAUCGGAUGAUGGUGAAAUCGUCUCAAUUAAUUGUGUAAAUGGAUAUACAAGAUACUAUGCUUUUUAUGAUUCAAUAGAACACCAAUUGACUUGUCAGUGUCCUCAACACGCCGUUGAUGAUAGAAAUUGUAAAGUAAAUAUCACAUACGGUACUAAAGAUUUCGCUAAUGUUUUUAUGGCAUCGGGAGACCAAAAUAUAUAUAGAAAAGAUACUAAUUACGGAACUAUUGGCGACAUUGGAUAUACUGGAGGACCAGUCAUUGUAUUUAUGUAUAGCAACUAUAUUUUUACCGUUAAAAAAUUAAAUG